UGAAUGACACGACCAAGAGAGUAAGAGUUGCUGCAUGAAAGCGUGUUUCCUGAAUGUGACAUGAUGCAUUUGACUUGCAUCGCGCUACAGCUUGUUUCACCUCUGCAGGAUUUUUAACUGAGAGUUACAGCACUGCUGACAUGGCAUUACAAUUCAAAGAUGCAUUUUGGGGCAACGACUUUGUCAGCAAUGCUGGUUAUGACGCUAUUAUUCAGAGACUUAAUGAUGGUCGGCGUACUUGCAAGGAUGUGGAGGAUCUCCUGAAAAUGAGAGCAUCAGCCGAAGAGAAAUAUGGGAAGGAGCUGGUCUCAAUAGCUCGGAAGGCAGGGGGUUCAGCUGAGAUCAGCACUUUGAGAGCAUCAUUUGAGGAAAUGAAAACACAAAUUGAAAAUGUAGGAAACUUGCACAUUCAAUUGUCUGGCCUUCUAAAGGAAGAGGUGAAGAGAAUGGAGGAGUUCAGGGAGCGACAGAAAGAGCAGAGAAAAAAGUUUGAGACCAUCAUGGAGAAGGUCCAGAAAUCAAAAAUCUCCCUCUACAAGAAAACAAUAGAUUCUAAAAAGUCAUAUGAGCAGCGCUGCAAAGAGGCGGAUGAGGCAGAGCAAACCGCAGAGAGGCUGGGCAACGCGCCCACGGCCACUCCCAAACAGAUCGAAAAGAUGAACAACAAAUCUAAGCAGUGCCGAGAGGCUGCAGUUGAAGCAGAGAAGCAGUACAGGUCAAACAUUGAACAGCUUGAACGGAUUCGUCAGGAGUGGGAGGCGACGCAUAUUGAGACCUGUGAGAUGUUUCAGCAGCAAGAGGAAGAUCGCAUCAGUGUCAUUAGGAAUGCAUUGUGGGUACACUGUAACCAGCUUUCAAUGCAAUGUGUCAAAGAUGACGAGUGUUGCGAAAAUGUCAGACAGUCGCUUGAAAACUGUGACAUCAUCAAGGACAACAACAACUUUGUGGAGAUGAAAAAGUGUAACCCGACCCCCCCAGCUCCAAUCGAAUAUCAAAGUUACUACGAGAAUAAUGCUUCAGUGCAGAAAAACGGCAGCGCUGGAUUUGUAGAAGGAGUCAAGAAAAGGUUUUCAAAUCUAUUGCCGGGAAGCUGUACAUUUGGCUCCAAGCUGAACAUCAAUGAGGGAGUAUCUGAACCUCCUGAUUAUUCGUCUUCAGCAGGAACAUCAGAUGGCGUUUAUGCCACCAUUCCUGGAUUUCCGCCGUCCCAGCCGAGCAGUAAUGAGUACAAGGCUAUAUAUGACUACAUAGCACAGGGGGAAGAUGAACUCUCCAUAUCAGCCGGGGAUGUUGUGGAUGUGAUAGAAGAGGGAGAAGAUGGCUGGUGGACAGUACGAAGAAAUGGUCUUUCUGGUUUGGUUCCUGGUUCUUAUCUUUCUAAGGAAUAAACCAGGCCUCCCUUUUUACAUGUACGUUUUAUGGAUUUUGAUUUUCUCUCCGGAUAACCCACUUUGCUGCCCUUAGCUACAUCCAGAAGAAGAGUAAUGCUUCCUUUGUUCUGUACAGUGCGUUCAAACUAAUGACCACAACUCAGUGAACCACUUUAUAUCAACAAUCUAAACAGAAACUGUUGUUGCCACAAUGAUAUCUGUAAAUAAUGGCCCAAAAAAACAGCAGCAGUUACUACAAGAAAUUACAUGUUUUAGACAACUGUCUACUGUUCUCCUUCGUGAACUAUUGACAGCUAGAAUCCAACUAGAGCCUUUGCACAGGAACAUGGCACUAAUGCUUAUUGACAAACUUUAGUUUUAUGUUAAAUGGGAAUUGUUUAAAUGUUUGCAGGAUGUCUGUUUUUACCUUGAAUGUAAUUUAU